GAUAUCUAAUGUUUGUAAAUGUCACCAUAUCAUAAAUGAAUCACAACAAACACAUGUGCAGAUUAUAUUGCGGAGUCAAUCUUGAUGAUAACUGUGUGAUGACAACUAGUAAAUAAAUCCACAUUGCCCGGAAUGUUAGAAAUACAUAACUACAAUUUUUUACCCAAACUGUGUAAUCUUAUCAUAAAAAUUCCUUGUUUGAAUCCCAGUCUAAAAAAAGUUCUGUUGUGACGCAGAAAAACAUGGUCCGAUGUCACAAAAUUGGGUAUAAAAAGUUCCAGCAUUUUGAUUACUCUUCUUCAGUGACAAUUAAGCGACAUUACAACAGACCAAUAAUCUGGGUAAUAAAUUACAAUUAAAUAAAUCUAUUGAUAAAUUUGAUUUGCAAAAUGACACGAUCGGCAUCUUCCGGUGACUCAUCGUCCAUGAGUUUGGGAAAGCCUUGCAUGGGGCUUUUUCUUCAAGGAGGGGUCAAAGCGUUAUCGGUUGUGGAAGCUGGAGUUGAAUUCGCCAUGAUGACCGUGGGGACGAUUGCCAUAAUAUUCGUGCUGCCUUUGAAAGACUUGCAAAAGGAGAGAGAGACCGGAUCUUGGAGAUUUUACGCUCGUCUCGCCAGUUGGGGAUAUUCCUACGUUUACGCCAUUACAUCAAUCAUUGUGUCGCAAAGGUUAUUUACAUAUGCCUCCCAACGUCGAACUAACGGCGUCCUGACCUGCGUCACCAUUGCGGGAAUACUUCACGCCUUGUGCAUCCUAAACUUUACUCUGUACACAAUUUUUAUCCGAUGGUUUCAAGCCGCCACGAUGACCGCGUUCCUUGGCUUCAUGCUCUACAAAUUUUACUUCUUUUGGGUCACAAUUUGCUACGUGAAGGAAAUGAGACGGAGCGAAGUACUAAAUCCAGCUUUGCGACAGUUAUCGGAUGAAGAAAUUGAACAGUUUUUCGAUGGAGAUAAAGGCCCAAAUUUACUCCAAAAUUCCGAAUAUGAAGGCCAGCGUUACAAAUGGGAUUUCGAAAUUCCUCUCUCUCGUCUCAAUUUCUUAAACGACGAUUACAACAAUUUCCUUGGUCAGGGGGCAUACGGCAUCGUGCACAAAGCGAUCCUCUCAUCCCCCCAAAAUAAUCAGGAAGACGUGGUCGUCGCAGUAAAAACGGUGGCGAAUAAUGUCGACGUGACGUAUUUUAAAGCACUCCUUACCGAACUCAAGAUUAUGACGUGCAUCGGCUAUCAUGAAAACAUUGUCAACUUAAUUGGAGCUUGCACCUCAGAAAUUAAGAACAGACAACUCUACAUAAUCGUGGAGUUAUGUCAUCUAGGAAGUAUGGCAAGUUAUUUGCAGUCAAAUCGCGAACUGUACUAUGCACAAGUGUUAACGGAUCGGUUAAAUUGUUUGACGAGUACGAAUUCAGGAUCGAGAAAUGGCUACGUCACGUACGGAUCGAUGUCCAUGUCUUCAACGGUGGUCGGAAGUUCGGAUUUUGUGAAAUGGUCGAAACAAACUGCGAGUGGGAUGGGGUUCAUGGCGAGAAAAAAGAUAAUCCACGGAGAUUUAGCCGCGAGAAAUAUCCUCCUUACGAAAGAUAGACGAAUUAAAAUUUCGGAUUUCGGAUUAUCUCGUCAGCUUUAUAAUUAUAGCGCAUACGUUAAGAAGGACGAUGGGCCUCUCCCAUUCAGGUGGAUGUCUCCCGAAUCUCUGACUGACUUGCAUUUCUCGACACAAUCUGACUCCUGGUCAUUUGGUGUCACAAUUUGGGAAUAUUUCUCCUGUGCUGAACUGCCAUAUGGGGGUUGGAAUUAUUGCGAUGAUUUCGUACAACGGUUGAAAUCCGGAGAGAUUCAGUUGGAACGACCGAGAUUUGCGAGUCUGGAAAUAUAUGAAAUGAUGAAAAAUUGUUGGAAAUUUAAUCCCAAAGAGAGACCGACUUUCGAACAGUUGGAAUAUUUUUUUGACCAACAGGAACAAAAGCUGACGAAUUGUAUUAUUUAAAAAAAUUCGAUAUCUGUUCAUUAAUUUAGGAUCUAGUUUUACGCAUGUAAAUUAAUUAGACGAUGAUCUACGUAAUUUGAGUUUGUGGUUUAAGCUAUUGCAAAUAUAAUAUUAUCAACUUUUAUCAGUCGCAUUAUUUUUUCAAAGCAUAUUUAUAUACGAAGAAAUGAAUUUGAAGAUUUGUAGAGAGGAAAUGUAUAUAUUUUUUGUUAAUGAUUUUAGAAAGAGGUUGACGUCAAAUGUGAUAUUUUGUAAAUAAUAAAUGUAAACUUGUCAACGAUAAAGGUAUGUCAACUCGUGCUGCAAAAUUUGGCGUUGUAUUAAAAUUUUAUAAAAUUUGGCGUUGUACUAAAAUUUUAUAAAAUUUGGGCAUUCCAAAAUCUCUGACAAAGAGUGUUCAUUUAAUUCGAUCUCAUUUUUUGCUUCAAAUUUUUGAAAGCUUAUUAAAACGGCGAUACAUAUCUCCCAAGUAAUUUUUUUGCAACCGAGAAAAUACUUUUACCAAC